AUGGAAACUCCACCAAAUAUCAGUCAAGGCAAUGUUGAAUAUAAAAGCUCGCAAGAUCGCAUUCGAGAGUUUGUUGGUAAAGUGAAAAUUAUACUGGUCGAAUCUCCUAAAGGAAUUUACUUGCUUAAAAGAUUGACCGCAGCCUUUAUUGCAUUAUCACAAAUGUUUAUUGGAAUAAAUAAUGUGAUGAUAUUGUUUUACGCCUUGAGUUUUAAAUCGAACAUAUUAACUACCUUGCAUAUAUUUUUAUGCAUGGUUGGGUUCCAACUAUGUUUCCCAAUCGCAAUGUUAAGUCUGAAUAACUACAAUGGAUCAACAGUUACAAUGAACAGAGGUGAUAGAAAAUUCGAACAUGUAUUUUUGGGCGCAUUCGGUAUUUUUUGUAUUACAUUUGGGACUAUAACAGUGCUGGCGGAUAGAGGCGCUGAAAUGACUACACAUGCUACAUUUGGGCAUGCUGCGGGUUGUUUAAUUUUGCUGAGCUGUAUGACAGGAUUGUGUUCUAAUGGCCAAGGUGUUUUUGUCAUCUUCAUAAAAAUACGUGAGAAACCUUAUCUACGUUUGCCGCGGAGAUACAAAUUUAACGUUGACACCUAG